GCGGGCCGAGGAGGACGCGGAGGGCCGGGAGCGGCGGCGAUGGACGACCACAGCCUGGACGAGUUCCGCCGGCGCUGGCAGGAGGAGCUGGCGCAGGCCCAGGCGCUCAGGAAGCGGCGGCGGCCCGAGGCUGCCGAGCGGCGGCCGCGGCGGGCCGAAGUGGCCCCCGGGCGCGGCGAGCAGGCCUCGGGAUACCUGGCUCUGGCCCAGGGCCUCCUGGAGGGUGCGGGGCGGCCCCCGGCGGCGCGGGCGACCCGGGCAGAGAGGCAGGACGCGGCGAGCCGUUCCCGUUCCCCUCCGGCUCGCGAGGUUGCCGGGGGCGGGGAGCAGCUGGUGGACCAGCUCAUCCGCGACCUGAAUGAAAUGGAUGAUGUGCCCUUCUUUGAUAUCCAACUGCCUUAUGAACUGGCGAUCAAUAUAUUUCAGUAUCUGGACAGGAAAGAGCUAGGAAGAUGUGCACAGGUGAGCAAGACGUGGAAGGUGAUUGCAGAAGACGAAGUGCUCUGGUACAGGCUGUGCCAGCAGGAAGGGCACCUUCCCGAGAGCAGCAUCUCUGAUUAUUCCUGCUGGAAGCUCAUCUUCCAGGAGUGCAGAGCCAAGGAACACAUGUUAAGAACCAACUGGAAGAAUCGCAGAGGUGCCGUGAGCGAGCUGGAACACAUUCCUGACGCGGUUUUGUGCGACGUGCAUUCCCAUGACGGCGUUGUCAUUGCCGGAUAUACAUCAGGGGACGUGAGGGUGUGGGACACCCGCACCUGGGACUACACAGCCCCUUUCCUGGAAUCAGAGUAUGAGGAGGACGAGCCUGGAAUGCAGCCAUAUGUCUCCUUUGUGAGGAUAAACAGCUCGCUGGCGGUAGCAGCUUAUGAGGAUGGAUUUCUUAAUAUUUGGGAUCUAAGGACUGGAAAGUAUCCUGUCCAUCGUUUUGAGCAUGACGCAAGAAUACAAGCACUCGCCCUCAGCCAGGACGACGUGACUGUGGCCACGGCUUCUGCUUUUGACGUUGUGAUGCUACGCCCCAGUGAGGACGGGUAUUGGCAAAUUACUGCUGAAUUUGAAGUUCAGAAACUGGUUGACUACCUUGAAAUAGUUCCAGAUACUGAAAGGUACCCUGUGGCAGUGGCCACGGCUGGAGAUCUGGUGUACCUGCUAAAAGCUGAAGACUCUGCCAGAACCCUCCAUUAUGUCUACGGCCAGCCCGUCACGUGUCUGGAUGUCUCGGCCUGCCAGGCUGCUUUUGGAGUGAAGAGUCUAGGAUGGGUACACGAAGGAAACAAGAUCCUGGUGUACAGCCUGGAAGCAGAACGGUGCCUCUCAAAGCUGGGCAACGCGCUUGGCGAUUUCACUUGCGUCAACCUCAGAGACAGCCCUCCCAACCUCAUGGUCAGCGGCAACAUGGACAGGAGGGUGAGGAUCCACGACCUCCGCACUGACAAAAUCGCCCUGUCGCUCUCCGCCCACCAACUGGGAGUCUCCGCGGUGCAGAUGGACGACUGGAAAAUCGUCAGUGGAGGCGAGGAAGGCCUGGUCUCCGUGUGGGAUUAUCGGAUGAGCCAGAAGCUGUGGGAAGUGCACUCCAGGCACCCUGUCCGUCACCUGUCCUUCAACAGCCACAGCCUCAUCACGGCCAACGUGCCCUACGAGAGGGUGGUGCGCAACACAGACCUGGACAACUUCACCACUCACAGGAGACACCGCGGGCUAAUCCACGCCUACGAGUUUGCCGUGGACCGGCUGGCCUUCCAGAGCACGCUGCCCAUCUGCCGCGCGUCCGCGGACACCGUGCCGGGCUACAACUAUGACCUUGCACUUGCCUUUCCCUAGGACCGUGGUUAGGGGAGCACCUCGUCGGGGAGCAGGGGGAAAAUGGGAAGAACCAAAGUGGAUGAAUUUAAAAAACUACCAAGGCGCUCUGCACCAGGUGCACUGGUCUAACCCACAGGUUCCUCAACUGCCUCUGCUUUCCCCCGCAGCCAGUUUGCUUCUCUGGAGCUGCUUAUGGAAAGCUGGAGGUGGUCAGGGGCUGUGGCAUUGACUCUGUUUUCUCUCCCUGACACUAUGCCUCUGAGUGCCACUCACUGUCCCUCUUUCCUCCUGCAUCUGCUGCCUGCUGCACAACUCUGGUCACCCUGUUUCCAGCCGGGACCCUCUCCCCUGGCUACAAUGUGGGUCCCCCUCUGCCGUCUGUGCACUGCCGUGCAGGGCUCUGUUCCAGUGUGCAAGCCCUUUCC